UCCCUAAUCCAUAUCCCCUCUGAUUUGCUGCUGUAGUUUCUGGGCUUGCAGAAACUGCUCUUCCUAAAGGCUAUCGGGUGGAAGGUGCCUUCCCGUCAUGGAAAGGAGGCUUGUGAAGCAGGAGGUGAAAAGGCUGCUGGGAGAGUAUAUUGGAAUCAGACUUCGGGAAAAUGAAUUUGAUCCUAAAGGAAGAGGCCAACUCACCUUUCUAGAUGAUAUGGCCCACUAUGACUUGGCCAUCAGUGUUGCCAGUCAAUGGUUAGAUCACUCAGAAAACUUAACUUGGCUCCAGUGGGAGAAAGUGAGAGAACCACUUCACAUCAGACCUGUGUAUCCAAACCGAAAAGAGCGAGAAGCAAUGAUCUUAUCAUCUUACGCUGGAGUCUUAAUGAACAGUAUUCCAAUUGAAGAAGUCCUUAAAAUUUAUGGGGCCAAUUCUUCUGCCAGUCCUGAUUCUACCAAGGUCUCCCAGACCCUGCUGCCCCGCCGCUCCUUGCAUCCUUUUGCCAUGUUGACCGCACCCAGAGCAGCAGAGUGCAUCCGGAGACAGAGUGUCAAGUUGAGGAGAAGGGCAACGAAUAAAAAAGCCACCAGCAGCUCUACAAAGAAAGCAACAGGGCAGAAUGGAGAUCCUGCCGGGAAAGGCGCUCAUACACACACCCCAGCAACAAAGUCACUUAGAAACGUGGACUAGUGCUGUGGACGCGUAAGAGCUUCUAGGAGCAGGCGGGAUGUCAUCGCCUUAAAGCUACAGCGUUCACCAGCAUGAUUCCUCUGCAGUGAGCACUGAAUGCAAACUGCGGUGAUUACCAUGUUUGCCACUGAGCCUUCUUCUUUUGGAAGCAUAUUGCACACCUAUAUUUUGACAAAAAGAAGAAAUGUGUCUAUCCUCUGCUAUUUCAUUCUGUGUCUGGGAGACUGCUGGAGCAUCCAGAGGGGGUUCACUAUUUCUGGGUGGGGCCAGACAAUCUGACUUUGAUACACAUCUUAGCAAAUGUGUAUUAUUAAGUAUGGCAUAGAAUUCUGGAGAAAAGUUUUAACCCCAAAUAAAAUCAGUUUCUCAUGAGCAUACUUUCAAACAGAGAAAAUGUAAACUCACUCCAUUUCAAUAAAGUUUGGAAAGAGAACUGGAUGCCAGCUCUUUCUGGGUAGAACACGAUGA